UAUAUUAAUCAACCAGCUGUACAGAGAGUUGCAAAAUUAUAACUGUCUCGAAAAAGACAAGCGCCUUUCGACCGCCGCUGUGAAAAAUGACCGGCGAAAAUAGAAAAAGAAACAAAAAAAAACCACAAAACGUCACCUUUCCAAAAUCGCGUUACUUAUUUUCGAAUCGGUCUUCUUCUCGUAAGUCGUUGGAUUUUUUUUUUUUUCUACUCUUCAAAAGUACGAGCUGUUGAAGGGUUAAUAAAAAUUGAAAGUAAUAAAAAGGUAUCGGUUUUCUCGAGUAUCGGAGGUAUCGCACACUCUUUGGAUUUGGAAGAGUACGAGAGCACUUGACUUUCGGAUGAUCGAACGUACGCUACUUUUGAGGGGGAGGUCUUUAAAUUUUAAUCGCGAGCAUAACGGACUCUCGCCGGUAUAACCGGCCUGAGUUUUCUUUGUGGAGACUCGAGAUUUCUGGCUGCUGGGAUACGUACGCCCCGGCUUAAAAUAACUUACACCCGACCCCGCGCUACCCCGAAGACGCCAUUUCAGGUCGCGUUAGUUUCAUCUCGGCAUCUAACCGACUUGCAUCCCUUUCUCAACUACUCUCAGAGUGCCAAUAAAAUCAACCCCAACCCGAUGACGUUUUCGAUCGUAUCGCGGAAGUUCAGCUGGUUUUGAACGCUGCCAAACUUUUUUUUAUUUUAUUUUUUUCUCCUUUUGCUCGGUAUCGAAUUAUGCUACGCGCAACUCGUGCGGAUAAAAACACUUCGCAACCGUGCGAGCGACAGUACUGCACGACGAACGAACGGUCGGUGGUGAUUCAUCGUUCUCGAUUGAUUCUGCUUUAUAAAUCGAUCGAAAAAUCGAAGCUAGUUUGGACGGAUAUUUUUACGUCAUUGUAAUCGACGUCGUCAUACAGCGCGAAAUAAUCAGGCGAGCUUCGAAAGAUCGAAGAGAUUUUACGGAGAAGAGGAAGAUCGGGUGUUCUUCGGAUCACGAUUGAAGGAACAGUUCGAAACUUCGAUGAGUUGUGGCUACGUUUAAAAUAGGUUUCUCGUUCGCCAAGCAACAGGUGCUCCGACUCAUCAGUGUCCGGUGUCACCGAUGAUCACAGUGCUGCACUUCGUAGUAAAAUUCAGUUGAGAUAUAGUGACCGACGAAUGACGUCCACACUACCGACGAGAUAAUAAUCGCAAUUGAAAUUCUUUAUCUUGUGACACUUGUGCGUUGGCUUGUGCGAAGAUUAAAAAUGAGACAUUGAAAUUUUUCGAAUCAACUCGAAUUUGCGGAGAAGAGUCGAACGAAUGAAAGUUUCGUGUUUUCGAAUAACCGAGUCGAGACUUCUCCUAUACAUCGAUCCAAAUUUAUCGCGCUAAUUAUACACACCGCGACUUCGUCGCCCGUUUGUUACUCCCAGUGAGUCAAAAGACCGUCAAGAGAAAUACAUCAAAACUAUUCACGAAGGAAAUUGAACGAUCGUCGAGUAAAUAAGCAAAUAAACGGAGAAAUUUCAUCGAAAACGGUAACUCAUUUUUAUCACCGCAAACGGCAUGAGGAGGAACCCCAACGUCGUCCGAUUGUUGAGAAGAAAAGCCGGCGGCGAUGUUCACCGGCAUUUCGUCGUAAUUUUUUACUGAAAUAACCGGGAUGUACCAACGUCCGGAUACCCCCGAGGUACAAUCGCCGUGGUUGGUGCGCGCCGAGGUAACGAUACGGCAUGCUGCUACCGAUUCCGGAAGCGCGCCACGCGGGCCCACCGGACCUACGGAAGAAUCGGGGGGACUCAGAAUGGUCUACAAAUGGAGUCAAGAUCCGCGAUUUUCGUCUAACGUCCAAAGAUCAUCCCCUGCCGAAACUCCCGCCGCUUCUUACGAAUUUCAACGAGGGAAUAUCCUGUUCACCUCGACACCACCGCCGAGGUCGUCCGCCGCGUUUCGACCCUCCGCCGCCGUAUCUCGUCGUUACCCCGCGUUCGCCGGUACACCCUGCACCGAUUCUCCGGCGUCGCAAAAUUUGGGGGUCAACGUCUCCGACUCCGGAUACAACAGCGAACAAUUCUCUCCGCAGUCCUACUCGAGCUUACCUCUGAGAAGACCCUCCCAACAGUAUAAUCGAAGAUGCAAAAGCACCUGCAGCAUCGUUCUUUCGACGGCCGGCAAUCCGAUCGAUGGAGACGUGCAACGAGAAACUCCUCUGGCACCGAUAUCUGCAGCGACCUCGCGGACAACUUCGAAAUGUGGGGAUCCAUGGUGUUAUCAUUCUGCGGAGAAAGCACAGCCGGGUUCAUCUGGUCUGCCGAUGUCGGGCAUUGGCCAGUUUUCCACGGUGCCAGAGGCCUGCGAGGACUGUGUCGAGGGUAUAACGUCCGGUAGAAAAGCUUUCACCACCCAUUUCUGCACUCGAGUGCCCGGGAAAAAUUCACCGGGCCGAACACCGCCGUUGAACAGCAGUCAUCGCGACGCCGCCUCUCAGACCACCGAUAUCGAAUCUCAAGAUUCGCAGAGUUCCAUCUCCGCGUCGACGAGUAGGAGCAGAAAUUACGACUCGAGAAGAAAAACGGCGCCGAGUCUUUUGAGGCGAUUGGAGGAACGGGAGACUCCGCGAGAGACUCGGGAGAAAGAAGCCGAAAAAUCGUCGGUUAGCGCUAGGGGGAAUACACGUCCGGUGUCGGUGGAAAAAGACGCGGCCGAUUCAUCGGGGAAAGACGAUACGUCGAAGCGAAAAUCGCGAACCGUUCACAUCGACGUUUAUUGCACCGGUUCGGAGGAGGACGUCGACGACAGUAGUUACGCCGACACCUCGGAUGAUUCCUCCUCCUCCUCCUCCUCUGACGACGACGACAACGUCAAGGAGAAAUCGUCGACGGUUUUCGAAAGCGAUAAGGUCAAGGUGACGCACACGCGCCCCCCGGAGAACAGAUUACCCCGCGGUCUCCAGGACGACAAAGCCUUCCUGAAACGAUCCGCCGAAAGACGAUGCGAAAGCUUCAAACAGGCACCCAUGAGAAUGCCGUCGUUGGCCAGUUCCCGAGGAUACGAAACCGACGACGUUCUCAGCUCUUUGUACCCGUCCCAGUUCAGCUCUUACAGCGCGAUCAGGGACCUUGAUUCCGCGGCGUCGUCCUGCGCCGGGAUCAGUCAGGCUAGCUACGAUUCGGCGGCCGCUACGUCCUGGAAGGAUACGUUUUCCGACCUGGAAUCCCUGAUGAACAGUAGAGCGAGUCUGACGCCGUGCGACAGUUUCGAAUACGCUAACUCCUCGGACCGCGAACGAAUAGAGAAGCUCGAAAAAACCUGGAGGGACCAGGAGAGCAAGGGGCACAAAUCGAAGACUUGGCGCUCACCGCAAGUGGAGAGGAGACAAUUGCUGCAGGACAGAAAAAUGAAGGAGUUUCUCGACAAACACCCGGUACGAUGGUCGUCCCCCGAAAGUACCGCUGAAUCGGACGACAGCGCAGGAGUUGGCUGGAGCUUCGUCUCCAGCGACGACAACUCGAACGUUGUCAGAAGAGACUCGACCGUCCGACGAUCCAGCAAGGAGAAAACCGUCCCCGAUACUCCAGUUCAACGGGAAGCUCGAGUCUCGCCCUUGCCGAACGAGACGGAAGAUCGCGGAUGUCUGAGCGACGGUUCCCAUCAACCCUUCAAUUUCCGUGAGAAAGUCGGUCCUUUCGGGAAGAGAGAUUCGUCCCCGCUUCAGGAGAGAGUCGAAUCGAGGGUUACUUCCCCGUUCACGACUCCCCAGGGAGAGAAAACCGAUCAUCUUGUGAAGGCGGAAAAAUUCGGGAGAACAGUCGGCGCCUUCCGUAAACCGGGACAUCACGUCGGUCCCUCGAAAAAUCCGUCCUGUUCGUGCGAACAUUGCAGGAGAUUUUUCGAAGGUGACGGACCCCGUGGACGGUCCAGAUCCGUCGGCGAUGUGGAACGACGACCCGGUUCGUGGUUCAGGCGUGAUAAAGUUAUCAUCUCGCAGGCGCCACGUACCUCGAAAGACGGAGAUACCUGAAUUUUUUUUUCUUUCUCUUUCGAAUGAUUUUUUUUUUUUUCUUUUUUCUUCUCACAUAACUUGCGCGAGUCGCGCAAGUUAUCGACCUGUGGUUACGCAUUUACAUUAAUUCACGCUAAUGUAUAAUAUUAAAAUUAUACCGUUAAUAAAUAUUAAAAAUUUUCAUGAUCA